AGGCCUAUUUGUAUAUCUGCAAGUUUCAGGUAAAGCCUGUGGGUUACGCGGCGAUCUUUGGUCACAACACCUUGUUAGAGACAAAUAAGCAAUGAGGCAUUCGUCCAGUCACUUAUGACAGAAGGUGGGAGACGAUUUUUACAUGAUGGCUAGCUCCGAAAGGAACUUGGAAGAAGACAGAGACGAGGCAUGGGAGCAGCCGCAGUCACAAGUGGUGGACGUCAAGUCUACAGCCAUGGUCAAGUUGGCACGGAGGCUACCAGUCUACCAGUUCUCCAGGCUUGACCAGAACACCGACCUGCACCUGCCGCCGGACAACUGGUUACGCAGUGAGGCCCAGCUCUCCAAGACCUGGGUGACGGGCGAAUGCACCCAAUUUUCCAGCUUUGCCAUGGCUGAAACGUUACCAGAUACUGUUGGUGAAGUGGACGUCAUUUCAGCUGCAGAGAACAUCAAGAAGCUGUUGAAGAUUCCAUUCAAUAAGAUGCAAGUCAGCAUGGCAGUGCACCGCGUGGGCAAGACGCUACUACUAGAUGAGCUGGAUUUGCUCAAGCACCUCAGAAGUGCCUCCCAGGGCGAGAGAGAAUGGAUGAAGACAUUUCUCCUCCAAGCAGUCCUGUCCGAAGGGAAGAACCUGACCAUGACACGCAAGACCAACGAGCUCCUCCAGAGCUGGAAUCUAUUGUCCAAGUUCCUGUGCUACAGUAUUGGCAAUUCUCCAGAUGAGUCUGUGCCCCAGCAGAGCUAUGACUUUGAGGAGCAGCACUUGCCACAGAGCCAGUCUGCUCUGGUCCAGAUCCCAGACCUGCUGCCGAAGACGAAGCCGAGUGAAUUUGCCCGUCAGGUUCUCUGGCAGUUUGAAGACAUCCGCAUGCUGAUUGGCACCGACCUGCCCAUCUUUGGAGAGGGCACGCACCCAGCAGUCAGCCUGAGACUGAAGGAUAUGAGCAGCCCGAUCAAUGUAUUGACCGGCCUUGAUUACUGGCUCGACAACCUCAUGUCCAAUGUCCCCGAGCUGGCCAUGUGCUACCAUCUCAACGGCAUCGUUCAGAAGUACGAACUGCUCAAAACAGAAGAGAUACCCAACUUGGAAGAGGCCAAGUUUGCACCCCAGGUUGUGAAGGAUAUUGCACAGAACAUCUUAUCUUUCCUGAAAAGCCACUGUACAAAGGAAGGGCACACAUACUGGCUUUUCAAAGGUCAAGAUGAGGACGUGGUGAAACUCUACGACCUGACAAGUCUUUGCAACGAGUAUCCCAACAGGCCAUGGGAGAAUCCCUUCAUCUCUCCGGUCGCCAUGUUGCUGUACAGGGUGGCCAGGAAUCUCUCCAUGUCGGGACCCAACAAGAAGGAUAAAAGCACCAUGUACAAGCUUCUGAAGAACUGUCUGCAACUCCUGGAAGGCAAUGAAGGGCAACAUCCAGAGGUAGCAGCCUCGGCCAGUCAUCUCCUGUCCCACAUCUUUAUCAAUGAGGAUGACUUGAACGACCCCCAGCCUCCUGCCGCCUCAGCCCCUGCCUCCCAGAAGGCCUCCAACAAGGCCCAGCGGCAGCCUGCAGAUUCCUCGUCUGCCUCCGACGAAGACGAGUUGGUCAUCGAGGAGGAGGACGAGAGAGGAUCCUCCCUGAGUGUGCCUUCCAUGAACACCCAGAGCCUUAAGCAGCCCAGCAGCAAACACAGCAGCAGCAGUGGGAUGGGUGGCUUCAAGGAAUGCGGACGGCACCGGAGGCGGUCAGCCAAGACCGUGUACGCCUCUCGGGAGGAGAAAGCCAGAAUGGCCCUGGCAUUCAUUGUCAAGGGUCUGAAGAGCAUCAUGAAGUGUCCCCAGUCUACAGAUACACGUGGCGGCCAGAAGCAGGCUGCCAAGCUGCCAAGCCCACUGCCCUCUCCGACACGGGUCAGACCUCUCUGCUAUUCCAGGCCCUCAGUGACCCGUGACACGGGUGGGAAGGCAGAGCUUGCAGACACCGAGUUGAGGCAGCUCCCAGGUGGUACUGUGAGUGCCCUGGAUGACUUUGGUGGGGUGGACAGUGGGGCCGAAACGGAGCAGCUCAGCAAGGAGCAGGAGGAUUUGUUUCUUCCCGAGAAAAUGAUGAGUGAUACGAAUCGCGACACUCUGGGAGGAGUCGUUGUUGAAGCUCACAGCACAGAGGCAAGAAAUUCCAGUGAAGCAAGAAGUACCACCAAACUCUUGGAGCAAGAGGUCACGACCAGCUCAACUCAUGUGGUGCCUGUCUUCACCUCCCCUGGAAUGACAGACAAAUCAGGGCAAGUUGUGGAGAUCGAGGGUAACGCAAAGCCAGAGGAGCCUGUGAUCUCAAGCCGGUCAAAAGGAAGCAUCUUGCCUGGGCAGCUUCCUGGGGCUGUGCUCCAGGAGCAGCCGAAUGGAAAAGACGGCAGCUCUGGCUCAUCGGAUAGAUCGGCGCAUUUCUUAGAGGACUCGAAACCACUUGGUGCGGAAGAACCGCUUCGGCUGACUGACCUGUCCAUUGCCGGAGGGAAGUGGCACCCGGGAAGUUGGCAGCAUGAGCUUAGCUUCCUGCUCCUCAAGAAAGCUGGAGAGACUUACCUGGUACUUGCCAAGGCCAACCGAGAUGCUGAGAGAUAUGGGCUAGCCCUUCACUUUGCCCACAUGUCCUUAUUUUGUCAAAGUGCUUGUCAGUCAAUGGACGAUAGAUCAUCGGUGAACCUGCCAGAUCCGAGCAGCGCCCUCAAUCUCCUGAGCGACCAGCUGGCGGUGUGCGGCGACUGCCUCACCCUUCUGACACACAACCUUGUCUCCUACGUCAGACAGAGAGAAGACUUCAGGUACUCGACUGCCGAGGAUCGCCUGAUCCUGAGCGAGGCUCAGCAGCACCAUCUGACCAAUGACCAUGAAUGGGCGGUUGAUUUUCGUAACGACACUGAGCACAACUUAAAGACCAGCAUACAGUGCUACACACUGGCGCUGAGUGAAGGCACCGGCCGUGGCGAUGAUUAUCUGACAGCUCUCAGGAGGAAACAAGGCAACGCCCAUAACGAGCUGGGAGUCUGCUACAUGAACCAGGCACUAGCAAUGAGAAAUGAGGAAGGUACCUUUCAGGAGGAGCAGGACCUGUGGUACAAGAGCCUGAGGUGCUUCGAGUCCGGCAUCAAGAUAUUUGAGAGCGUCAAGGACACUGCCAACAUCUCGCUCCUGCUCUGCAAUGUGGGCAAGCUGAUGCGACUGUGCGCCUUCAGCUGUGGGGAGAGCGAGCUGUACAAGAGGAGCGAGAUGAGGCAGCAGGAGCGCUACUACUACAACAAGGCUGUUGACUAUUACCAGAGGGCAUUGACCCGGCUUGGCCAACGUAAGAAGAACCCAUCUCUUUGGGAGUCGGUCACCUGGGAGCUCUCAUCAACAUACUUUGCCAUGGCAACCAUCUUACAGGAUCAUCCUCCUCUGUCGUCCAUGGCUCAGGAACAGAUUGAGAAAGAGAUCCUUGAGCUGAUGAACAAGGCCCUGCAACUAUGCGAAGUAGACGAUAUCACACCGGCCAAGCAGCCUGUCUACCAGUACCGCACAGCAACCAUACACCACCGCCUAGCAUCCCUGCAUCACAAUGCCUAUAGAAACCAGUCGUCCCAGCAGAAGCAGAAGCACACGCGCUCCCUGGCAGAGCUGCACUAUCAGAAGGCCAUCAGGCUGUUUAGUGACCUGGAUCGUCCCUCUGAGUUGUUGAGGGUUCUUCUGGAGAGAGUGGCCCUCCUGGAACAUCAGUUUGAAGGUCAGUCUGGGGUCAGUGCUCGCAUCAAGACCCUACAGUCAGCCCUCGAGGCUCUCCUGCAGUGCAGAGAUGCACUGAACGCAUUGCAGAAGGCGUGGGGCAAGGAGGCAAGAGAACUGGGCAUGCCCACCAGCACUGUGCAAGACGCCGGCCGAGUUGACUCGGAUGUCGUUGAGCGUGGUCGGAUGUCACCGAAGGCACAGGUGGAUGUCGGUGAGUGGUCUCGUUCUAGCGAUGAUGAGACCGCAGACCCUAAAGGGACAUUGUCAGAGACGGAUGUGCCCAACUCGGGAACGAGAAACUUGGGAGUUGAUCCUCUCGAGCGGCAACGGAGGACAAGUGAGGAGGAAGCUGUUGAGGAUCCAGGUAUGCACCAACCGGCCCCGGGCAGCUCUGAGACAGGAGCCAGCAGUGCCGGAGGUCAGGGGUCACAGCCAGAAGGUCAGGGUUCAAAGGUCAAGGACAGACUGAGCAAGGAGGAGGAAGAGGAACGGCAGAGGCUGGAGUCGAUUUGGGAGUCCAGGCUGCAGUACAUGCUGCGGAACCUUGUCAAGUUGCAUAGCACCAACAAGAAAGGGAUGCAGCAGGCCACCGCCUAUAAAAAGAUGUAUGCAGCCUCCUUGGGAAGGACCCUGCCAGCAUCGUUAUCGUCAGUCCCACCAUCUCCUGCCUCGUCGACUGAGAGUCCUGUGACUCUCCUGAGCAUCUUGGAUGAGGUGCAGCAGUUGUUCCAGGCCAUCAACUGACUAGGGGUCGAGUCUCGACUCGGUAUUGCCACGGUUCGACAACAUUUCUAAUGUAAGUGCUCUCUUAUUGUGCAACCUACUCAAAGUCAUUUUUCAUUUAGUGGAAAAAUUAAUUUCAGCUCUAACUGCCUUUAGUAUCGUCAUUAUUAUGAAAUCUUCUUAUAUGGUUGAACCUAAGGAUUCCUCAAAAGUGUUCUUAGCCCUUUGACUUGAGGGGCUGACAGAGAAAAAAAAUACUGAGUGGAGACGGCUUGUUCAGUUUUUAUUGACGGAAAUGUGGAGCAACCACUCACAGACAAAAACGGAACUUGACUGGUACCGAAAAUGUAAUUGAUGUGUCGGCUUGGGCAAGAUUCGAACCACGGUUGCAGAGAUGGAAGAUGAAAACUGCCAAUGUGGCUCAGGUGUUUCGUCGAGGCCUUUUGUUGCCACCCCUUUUCGUUAUAUGCCCCGCCCUCCAUGAUACACAUGAGACUGUGUUUACUGGGUUGGGAGUGAUGUAAUUUUUGACGGAAAAAACAGGUAAUAUAUCAAACUUUCUACCCAGAAUAGCAUUUUAUUUUAACUAAUGGAGAAGCCAUAGUAAGUUGAAUGCCAUACAAAUAAAUCAUGCAAUACUGUAACAAUGUGCAAUAGAAGUUAAUGCAACAUUACCUCUCAAACCUUUAGGCUGACUUCAAGAGAUGUUACUCGGAGCUCUCAAGUUGGCCAGUCCUGUAUAAUUUAAAUUGAAUUCCUGCCUUUAUGUGCAUAUGUUACAACGUACAACUUUGAUGUUUCAGUGGUUAACGUUAAAGUCGGAACGAGGUGGAUGUUUGUUUUUGUGUUCAUCUGUCAUGGGAACAGAUGAUUCUGAAAGACAUGCCGGUAAAUGCCUCGGUACAUUUAUCUAUCCAUUUUGGGACAGGUAAAUCGUUUGUGGUUCUUCUUUUUUUUCAGGAUUUGGCAGAAAAUAGUUCUUGUUAAAUAAACCAGGAAAGACUAAUAUUGUAUUGAAGUAAAAGACGUAACCGAGAGAAUCAAAUCACAUUGAAAUGUUCACCGAAGCUAUUUUAUUAAGCAAUGCUAAUUUAGCAGUGUUAUUGAUAAGAUACAUCACGACUCUAUUCACAGUUUUGGAGAUGCGUCUAAAUUUCCAAAAAGCAAUGUCAAGUGAACUCUUCAAUCUCAAAUCUCAAAAGAGAUAAUAGUUUAUUGAUUUGAGUCAGUAAUUAGACUUGAAGUGAAUUCCCAUGAUGAGGUUGUUGAACGAUGAUAUGUGAAAUGUCUGGACAUUUUUCAAUGCUUGCACCAAGGCACUUUCGAAUGAUCAAUUAGAUGUAUGAAUGCGUAUCCAUGUCUGGUCCUUCGAGCUGAAAAUCCACAACCAAUUCAUGUCAUUUGAAUAGCCAUCCGUAUUAUGUAUCACAGUGUUCAUCUUUUUUUGGGUGACUGACUGGAAGGGCUUUUUGGUGCUGUCCUUCCGUUCGACUUGUAGCAAAACACACCCAAACUGGGCCUUGUGCCAACAACGGCGAUAUCAAUGAUCGUUGUUCACGCUCAAAGGGUGCAUAAAAUACCAAUUCAUAGCGUGCAGAACUGCCAACGUAAAGAACGAGACCGCUGUAUCGAUCAACAAAUCAAUAAUUCCCUGAAAAAAAAGAAAAAAAAAGGAAGAAAG